AUGAAUGGACUGAAGAUUAUGAGCUGGGAUGUGCUUUCUUCUGUUGAGGAUAUCCUUCCCAAAGUUACUUCUGUAAUUAGGAACAAUGCGCUGGCUAUGGUCUCUAUUCUUGGCGCCUCUGUCUUGUUAUUGUUAUUUGGUUCACUUUGCUAUUACUUCGUAGCUCGCAUGUCCAAGGGAACUUCUCAAAACAAUGGCUCUGCGUGUAAAUUGUCAUCGGAUAGUUCUAGUACUUGUAGAAUCUUUACAUUCCAAGAGGUUCAAGAGGCAACCAACAAUUUUCAAGAGGAUUUGCUUAUUGGGACUGGUGGGUUUGGGAAGGUCUACAAGGGAAAACUUGAAAAUGGGACAAGAGUAGCCGUUAAGAGAGCUAGCCCUGAGUCAAGACAAGGUGUGGAUGAGUUCCAAAAUGAGAUUGAUUUGUUAUCUAAACUUCACCACCGCCAUAUUGUGUCUCUACUUGGCUACUGCCAUGAAGGGAUGGAAAUGAUUCUUGUAUAUGAGUACAUCAUGGCCAAUGGAACUUUGAGCAAAUGUCUUUAUGUACCAAAUGUGGCCCCACUCUCUUGGAAGCAGCGACUUGAAAUUUGCAUUGGAGCUGCAAGAGGGCUUCAUCAUCUUCACACUAGUACUGAUCAAGGCAUAAUCCAUAGAGAUGUGAAAACUGACAACAUUCUCUUGGAUGAUAACUUUGUUGCCAAAGUUACCGACCUUGGCAUCUCAAAGAAAGGGUCUUCUCUUUAUAAGAGCCAUGUGACCACUUUUGUGAAGGGCACUUAUGGUUACAUAGAUCCUGAGUAUUUCAGAAAUGGUCACCUAACUGAAAAAUCAGAUGUGUAUUCUUUUGGAGUGGUUCUGAUAGAAGCCAUCUGUGGUAGGCCUGCUUUAGAUCAUGGUCUUACAUCAGAUAGAAUUAAUGUAGCAGUUUGGGCAUUAAAUUCUGAAGCAAAUGGUCAGUUAAAUCAGAUAAUAGACCCAAAUCUAAUUGGAAAUUUUAGACUUUCUUCUCUUAAAAAGGUCUGGGAGGUGGCUAAAAGGUGCCUGGCAGAACAUGCGACCAAUAGACCACCAAUGAGUUAUGUCCUGUAUAGUUUAGAAGAUGCUCUCCACUUGGAACUCAGAAAUAUAGAUGAUGAGGAAAAUUCAUUCUCAAAUUGCACUAUGCAAGGUAGUGCCAGAAGUGAAACUGAAGUAGAUGCCAUCUCACCAUUAACUAUCUUUGAAUCACUAUAA